AUGGAAUAUUUACAAAGUGAAAUAAUUCCAAAAAAAAGAUUAUUUUUUAUAUUAACACAUACAGGUGUAAACCAAGAAGAGUUUAAAAAAAAUAAUACAAUAGCUGAAGAAUUUAUAAACAAUUUGCCAUCUGAAUCUGAAACUAUUAUAUCUCAAUAUUCCAAUUAUUUAGAUUCUAACACAGUAUUUGUUCCAGAUAAUGAACCAAAAAUAAAUUGUAUACCAAAUUUAAACUCUGCAUUACUCUCAGUUCAACAAAAAAUAGAAUUUAUUUUUAAUAAAGAAAUUUCCGUUGUUUUGUUUUCAAAUGGACCAUGCACUGAUGACCCCAAAGCAACCAUAACCAGUAUCAUGGAUAGGGGUAUCAAAUUUUUUUGUAUUACAACCAAAAAUGAAGCUUUGGUUACAUUAGCAUCAUUAUCUACAAAUAUCAGUUUCCAUGUAUAUGAAAACUCAUCGAAAUUAACCGAAUAUAUAAAAGAAAUUACAAAAAACAAGAUUGAAAUACCUGUUUUACAUAAAAUUUCAGUAGCCAAUCAAACAAUUCAAACUUCCAAAGAUGAUCUUUCAAUUUCUUUUAAAAUUUUCCUAAACUCUAAUGAACAUGCUUUCAAAGAAAAUGAAAUCGAAAUUGAAAUUUUAACAAAUGACUACUAUUACGGUCAAAAAGUUAUAGUUCCAAACAAAGUUGAUUGCAAUACUCCAUAUAUCGCACAUCUUGUUUUAAGGGUUGCAAAUAACUCAUCAAACUACGAUUUACCUUCUAAAAUUUAUUUCAAAAUCAAGGUUAAAGAACAAGUUUUCGAUGGAUUCUUUACUCUCGAUUUAGUGUGGUUCACAGGCGACUUUGAAACUUUAAAACCAAUCAACAUUUGGGUUGAAGGACUUAUGGGAAAUGGUAAAUCAUCUGUAUUAAAUAUGUUGUUUAAUUUAUUCACAUCGAAUCCAGAAAUUUACGAUUAUUUCAUCUCAUCGAAUUACCACAGCCAUGUAACCAAAAAAAUCUCAUUUAGCAAAAUUUCAGACAUCUUGGAUGUUUUCAAAGGAAUAGCAGGUGCAAAUUGGCCAUUGUUUGAUAAAAUCAAAGAUAAAAUUAAAAUUUCACUUGUCGAUAAACCAGGUAUUACAAAUACAGAUGCAAAUAUAAGCUUUUUAUUAGCAUCAAAAGGUGCUUAUCAUAACAAUACACAUAAAGAUCAAAUGGUAGCCAGUAAUAAAGAGAAAAAAGAAUACGAAUGCCAUGCUGUCAUUUUUGUAGUAUCACUUUCUGAAAUUUUUGCUAAUAAAGCUGAAAUGGAACUAGUUAAAAAAAAAACUGAGGAAGUUAUAGAUAAAGUCAACAUCCAACCAAUUUUAGCAGUAACUUUUAGCGACAAUUUCACUGAAACUCAAUUAGAAGCUGCUAAAAAACAACUUUAUAAAUGUGAUUUAAAUGUAGCAAAAAAUAAUAUUUUCUUUGUUCACCCAUAUAUCAAUGGUGAAACUAAAAGAAAAAUUGAAAAAGACAUUGAAGCAUUCAAACUAUUAAAAUAUGCUGUUAAAGUUGGCAUUCAAAAACAAUUCCAAAAAGAAAUGGAUUCAAAAGACAUCCAAAAAAAACAAAGAGAAAGUGAUUCAAAUGAAGCUACUACUACUUUAAACGAUGCCUCCACAUCAACUCCAAAUGAACCUGCUACUACAAACCCAAUUGGAUCUGUUACAAAGAAAACCUUCGCCAUAACUCUUAUUCACGAAGGCAAUGAUUUUAAAAUCAAAGUUCCACAAAAAUACACAGUUACAAAACUUUAUGGCAUGGCUAAAAAGAAAUUUAGUAUAAAAGAAGAUUUCUCUUUAAAUGACGAAGAUGAUGUAGAACUAGUUGGGGAUUUUCCUUUAGAUGAUGUAAUUUUCGAAGAAGAAUCUAGAUUCAAAGUUAAUAUUAAAAAAGAUUAA